GAGCCCGAGCCGGCGCAAGGACUCGAGGAGGCGCUCCCCGAGCCGCCGCCGGAGCCCGAGCCGCAGGACUCUGUUGGUCACGGAUGGCACUCCUUCACUAUCUACGGCAGUCUCGCGGAAGGCAACCCGGACGGCCUUCCCGAGUUUUGCAUAGUCAUCGCGGUCAUUUUGGAGAUUGUCGUCAGCGACCCGCGCCUCGCCGCGCACCGCCGCAGCAUAUUGCAUUGGUUGUACAUGGACGACUGGAUCGUCCAGGUGCCCCUACCCGUGGCGUGCACCUUGUUGGAGGUCAUAGUCGGCGCAGCGGCAGCCCGAAAUUUGCCGCUGCAGCUCGCGAAGUGCGCCUUCCACAUCCCCGUCUUGGCUGGCACCCGCCCCGAGAACCUCCCGGAUGCUGCUCGUGCGCUCGCCGACCGCAUCCAGUACAGCCCCGACGGUCCUGUGCUUCUGGGGACGGAGGCGCGCGGCGACCUUGAGGUCCCGCUGUACGCAGGCGCUGGCGGCGCGAUCCCCCAGCCUACGGCUAGGCGCCUGGACAGGGCGCGCCGCCUGGCCGAAGCAGUCCUGGAGAUGGUGCAGCUCGCGCCGCUGGCGUCCGCGAAGCAGGCGGGCCUCGCACCGUGCGGCGGCGUCGUCGCGUACGCGUUGGACUGCGGCGCGGGAGUCUUACCCUGCAGCGUGUUGCUGCCACACGUCCGCGUUCUUGACCAGCACGUUCUGCGAGCAGUUGCGGCCGCGAUCGACGAGUCGGUCGAGGCCCUCACCGAGGAGGAGGUCGAGCAGACGGGGCUGCCGGACGGCGUCGACGCUGCUGUCGCAGAGGGCGUCCACGAUCUUCUCCAGGAGCGCGGGAUCAGCUCGCUCUCGGGGCGCGGCCGGCCCUGCGCGCUGGCUGGCGCUGCGGUGGCCGAUUCCCUCCGCCCAGCGGCUCCAGAGCGGCAUCUCCUCAGUGCCUACUUGCACCUCUGCACACAUCCGGUAUCUCGCCAAGCUGGAUCGUGCUGGCCCAAGGGGCCGGACACGUCUCCUGACGCGCCUGGCACGAUUUGUCUCAAUGUGAAGGCGUCAACCAGCGAGGCCUGCGGGAAUCUGCUGGACCAGGACGACGACCACGCCGCGCCGUGCGAGUGCGGCCCCUUCCGGAACCUCCGGCACGAGGGCAUUGCGGAUGCGUACGCGGACAUCAUGGCCGAGAUCGGUGGGCCAGUCCGCCGGGACGUGUUCGCCCGGAGUUCUCCCAGCAGGCCUCCGAGGCAUGGCUGGACGUGCGGUGAAUUCCUGAGCUCCCAGACUGUUUGGUGGACGUCACCAUUCGCCGCCCCAUGCUGGACCAGUACCAGCGGACAGCUUCUCGGGCAGCCGGCAGCACCGCGCGGGCCGCUGAGGUGGCGAAGGCCGACAGGUACCCACCUGCUCGCGGCCGCAGCGCGUGGCCGAGGGCGCACGAGACCUUCGGGCGGCUCGGCGAGCGGGCGGAGGGACCGGCUACUUGGCAACAGCUUGCGCUGGUGGCGCGCGCAGCUGGACGCGGCGCUUAUGCGUGGCCUGGCCGCGCAGCUGAUCUCUGCCUGGUGCGGCUCGCCAG